AUGGCCCUCGCGCCGCUGCUCCGAUCUGCAGCAUACGAUACUGCUUUGAAGUGCUCCCCGGAAUCUUUGAACGAAGUGACCGGUCGAGUUAUUAAGCAACUUCAGUGUGCGGUUGCAGAGGCUGAUGAUGGCGACGUAGUCCUGCCGAGCCACAGCAGCGGUUCCCGAGCUUCGCACUUGGCAGAGUCAGAGGAACCCGAGGACCUGAGGCCAAAGCUCGCCUCCGCUGACGUGGAUGCCCGGGUUAUUGGCCUCAACGCUUUCCUGGAGAACCCAGCGAGGGCAUUGCAAAGUGCCCAACCCUCCAGACUACCGAGCCGCCGAUCCGCGCGGCUGAGUGUCAUCGGCCGUGCCCUGGGCAGUGACCUGCCCUCCCGGGAAUGCUCGCCCAGUCUUGCUGCAUUGGCAGAAUCGCUGGCCUUGGCGGCAGGCUUGCUAAAGCGAGCUGCCACAGCUGCCUGGAAGACGAAGCCUCCUCCAGAGCUCUCAAAAGUAGCCGACUGCCUGGACUUCGCGAGGUCAUUGCUGCAAGACUUGCCUCAGCCUUCUGCAGAGGCCUCCGAAGCGGAGACUCGAGAUGAUUUUUUCCAGUGUCUCGAAACGCUGAUGGCAGAGCUGCGAAGCGCAGCCACCCGACCUGGCAGCGUGGUCAUCAUCCCGGGUGGUUGGUUGCGGCGAAGGGCGACUGCCGGCUGCAGUGACUUGGGCCACGCAGUGCUCCUGGUGCUCUUCCGGUCCUUCGAGGCGGAGGAGUUCAUUCUGGGUGUCGUGAACACCGGUGAGGGCCUGCAGUACCACCCCGCCAGCCUGUCGAGGGCUCAGCCGAACCCGGAGAUGCCACUGCGCCAGUCCCCGCUGGUUCUUACCAGCAUCCCAACAGAACGAGUUUGCAGCAGCGCGCUCUGGUACCUCCUCUACCGCCAGAUCCUCCACCCAGAUCCCGAGAAUGGACCAGAAGCCAUGUAUGGACACCUGCUGCCGUUCUUGAACCAGAGGCCGCUGAGCGCCAGCACUGGACCUCAGUCAUGGACAGAGCAACUCCCUGUGCCUGUGGCUGGGGAUCGGUCCUUCGCCCUUUGUGUGGAGCGGAGCGUCCGCUUUGCUUUGGUUUUAUCUGGUCUGGAGCCUUGCGAUGCCAGCUGGUGGAGCUCCGUAGGCCUGCGCCGUGCGCUGGUGGAGUGCAUGCAGGAGGCCUUGGCCGUGCAGGGAUUGCGAGCUCCCGCUCCGGCCGAAUUCGCCUUACUCCGUGUGGGCGUGUCCUCGCUGGCCCGUGCUGCGGCUCAGAGUGCAAAGGUGCAGGAAAAAGGGCCCGGGCGGCUGAAACUCGCCGAAGAGGUUCAAGCGGUCAUCGAAGCCGCCGACAGGAAAGCCGUCGCAAUGGAGCACUCGCAGCGAAAUGCCCGCUCCGUGCAGCCUCCGCAACUCUGGGAGGACCCCUGGAGCGCAGCUUCCCGGCAAGAUUGUCACUUCGGAGGCUUCAGCCGAGCUCUUUCGCAAGACGUGGAAGCGCUGAAGGGCGAGGCCAGACAUGGCACUCUGAUCCUGCCUUCACUUCCCGCAGCCCUGCACACUCAGAUCAACAACUGUACAGAGGCUGCGGAGUGCUGCCGGCUCGUCAGCGGCAUGGUGGCCUUGAUGACGAACCAGCGGGACCGGUUGCCGCAAGCUUCCGCGUCCUGCUUUACUCUGGUGGUUCAUUUGGUCUGCAGGCUUUUGCCAAUGCCUCUGCCUCUGGAUGACGACUAUUGGCCCGACAAAUGCUUUUGGGCAGGGCAGCCGCUGACACUGGAAACCAAGCGAGAUCUGCUGCGCAGCCUGCACCUCAUCUCACGCUACUUUUCUGCAUCUGCCGAGAAUCUGCGUGCGACGAGGGAGACAGACGGGGCCCGAACAUGUGUCGCUGCCGCCUUGGUGGUGAUUAUGGAUGCCCUUCUCCGACGUCCAAUUGACCUGCUGGACAAACAGGUCGCAGUGCAAGAGAGACACGGAGAUUUGAUCUCCUUGCACUACUCCGGGGCUGCAGGUGGACACCAGAGUCCUUGCAAGCCCUUCUUGCUGGACCCCAGCACUUUUCGUGAAACCUCUGAAGCUCUUCUGCUUCCCCAGCCCGAGCUGGCCUUGCUCAGGGCUCAGGUCCUCGACUAUUUCCAAAGUUUGACCACUCUGGCAACAUCAAGCUCUCGAGGGUCCAUGAACGCAAAGCGGCUUUUCCGCCAACUAACACGGGUCAAAGAAACUCAAUUGCAAGAGCACGAGACUCAAUACCUCUUUACCUUUGAGAAGGGCAUGGCAUUGGGCCCAGCUGAUCGUUUGUUUGUUGAACAGCUUGGGCUCAGCAUCGGCUUAGAGUCGGCAGGGCCAUCGGCGCAUCUUCUUCUCAGUGGAGAGCAGCCCCCAUUGUUGGACUUCUAUCCGGAGUUGGCUUGGUUCCGUGACGCCGUGUUCUUGUGGAAGGUUCUGCUCUUGCCACCCGCCGACGACGAGUCGGACAAGGCAGAGGCUCCACGCGGCGACAUCUCGGCGGCUCUCGGUGCACCCCUGGUCUGGCGCUGGCAAAAGGGCAAGAAAUCGGAAGGAACCGAAGAACUCGGGGCCUUCGUCGUGCACGGCUUCGAGGCCGUGCUGCCAAACACACAGAGCUUCAGCUUCAAGGCGUGGUGGAAGAGCCGGCGCUGGCAAGGGCUGAGGGGCCUGAAGCGCUGGCUAGGCGGACAGGCCGAGAACUACUCCUCCAACUUCCGGGCCCUGAGCCGUGCCAACCCAAGUCUCCUGGCGGGCUCGGCGGUGGAAACGGAGGAAGACAUCCUUGCGUUGCAGUCUGUACCCUGCUUCGGAGGGAGCUUGAAGGCCUCCGAGAGCGAGCUGCUCCUUACCUACCUCGUCGCCCCCUAUGUCCGGAUUCCCUUGGUGCUGAACUUCUUCUCGGACAAGCAGCGCAUGACUUUGUUGCAAGCGCCGCAGCUGCAGGCGGUGCUGGACGCUGUCCUGUUUGAGCCCGGCCCGUGGCUGACGUAUCAGGAGGCACUGGCUGGGCCGCCAGCAACGGUUCCCUCCAAAAGUGUGUCUGCGCCGGCAACGAGAGCAGGCCUGCUCCUGAACGAGCUCCAGUAUUCGCCAGAGCCGGUUUUGGAUUCCGUGCUUCAGCUUCUGCAGUUUGCAUACGAGCAAGAUCCUGGUCGGCCGGGCACUGGAAGGGAAGGCCUCAUCCUCUUCCUUGUGCGCCUCGCGGUGCGUGUCGAAUCCCAUGCGAUGCUGGUGCUUCAACGAGCCCGUGGUGCAUCGACUGGAGCCGGUGCACGGCAAGUGGCGCCGCGAAAGGACAAGCUCCGAAGCCUGGAGGAUCGGACGAAGCGGCUGAGUGCUGUGCUGCGCAAUGCCGUUCUGGAGAUGAUGCUCCAGUGGGCCUCUCAGGCCAUAAAGCGCAAGCCCCGGAAACUGGACAUAGCUGCUCGGGUUCACGCGCACAUUGCCUUUCUCUUCAAGAACCAUCAGCCGGACACUGUGCGGGAGGUCUCUGUGUUCUUGGCUUCACAGGUCUUUGUGAUCAUGAACAGCUUCAAGCCAGCGACGAAGCGCUUACCCAGUUCCCACCUCUUGGGGGUAGGUGAAUUCGAGCUGUUUGACGUGUUUGAGCACUGGCGCACCCCCCUGGCAUCGUGGUUGCGAGCACACCCCAAAGAAGCAGCCGUCGCUAUGGAGAACGUUGAGCGGGUUGUAACUUGCAAGGGCACUGCAGAUAUCACAACGCCUGAUGCCAAUCGAUCUUGGCAUGAGAUGCCAAACGAGCCUGGGAACUGGGCCUCCAGGCCAGUCACAGAGGGCAGCCAGGAGCAAGCCGUCCCCGGUGAGUCUUACCGGGAGUGGCUGCUGCGGACCUACCACCAAGCCUCCGUGGGUGGCGCCGACAUUGUCGUCUCUGUGAACCAGGGCCGUUACCAUUGCCGUGACGCUGGCCUCCAGCUGCUGCCGGAGCACGCGCUGAGAUCCCCGCAUCUGCUCGAGGCCUGCGGGAACCUGGAGCACAUGCAAGUGGUGUUGCGAGAGGAGACCUUGCACCGGACUUGCUACGAGCUGGUGGGCCAAAACCUUGAGGUGCACUGCUGGGAUGCCGAGAGGCUGGACGAAAAUGGCUUGCCCGAGUGGCUCAACACUCGCAAUUUGCAGAAAGUCGGAGACAAGCCGGCCUGGCUAGCAGAGGUCCUCGAGCCGGUACUGGCCAAGCUCGAGUUGGGCGACAUGCUCUUGUACUAUCAAGCUUCCACGCAAGACAAGCCGGCUUUUCCGGAUGCCUGGCUUUUGGGCGUCCCCAAAGAGAGUCAGAGCCUCAUCAAGGAGAUCGCUGUUUGGAGGAGUCCAGCUUACACGGAGGUUUAUGAUCUUGUGAGUCGUGGCCGACACGUCCAUCGAAAGUUGGUUUUCACCUCGGACAUGGUCUGGUCUUUCCACAGUCCCAGCGGCAAAGAGCUUCCAAUGUACUCCAGCCCCAAUGCAGGAUGGAGCUUGGGCAAGGGUGAGGUGCUGGCGCCCUCCGGGAGAGGCUCCGGCACGGUGCGAAUUUUCCGAACUUCUGGCUCCCAUCGUCAGGAAGAGUACAUUCCGCAGGAGAUUCUCCGGGGCUUGCUGCCUGAUGCGCUGCUGGACCGGUACAAGUUCUGGAGGAGCAAGGAGGCCACCGGAGAGCUUCUAGUUGGUGAAGAGCGGGAUGUGGCGGACCAGCCGACGGAGCUCCGUGUCAAAAUAGAGCCGGUGAAGACUCUUAAGAGGGAGCCCGGCAGCCCUACUCAGGGUGCUUUCGAGGCCGCGCUUGCCACCGUGGAACGGCGGAGGCUUUUGGGGCAAGAGCCGGAGUUUCUGGUCAAUGCGAAAUCUGGCAUGUGUGGAUUGACCAUGCUGCUCACACGCCUGGAGAAUCUGUCCCACAUCUUGGUUUGGAGCCGGAGCGCUGAUGGAGCCGGCGGAGUGCAUCGCGUGGAGAUGCCGAGGUUGAUGCUGUCGUUUACGAUGCAGGAUGGCAGGCUGCAUUGCGAUCAGCUCGCAGGAUACUGGAUCUUGGAGAGGCCUCAGCUCACGUCCAACCUCGUCCACCAUCUCGUGGCGCAGUGGGGUGGCGGCACCGUGCUCUUGGAGACAGCUGCUGGAGAUCUCUCUGUUCUGGUUUCGGCACUCUCCGAGCCUGUGAGGCCCUGGGCAGAGAGGGCGGAUUCGCUGAGUCCUGCCGAACGGUUCCUUCCGGGCCAGCUCGUGCUGCGCCGGGGCAAGCCGUCCUGGAUGGCCAACCUCGCUGAAGGCUCGCGGUAUUACUUUUACCCCCUGCACCGUUGCGGGAUGAUGGUCUUCACGCCCACACCAGCUGCCUCACUCUAUCUUCUUCUCUGCCGCUACCUGACCUGGCACUUUCAAGAGGUGGCUGCCAUGGCAAGUGCGAUUUCAGAAGUGUCUGGACCGGAAGAAAGGCAGCUGUGGGAAUGUCUGAGCGUCUUGCAGGGUGAAUGCCAUGCGGAUGCAGUGGCGUGCCGUUUGCACCUGACCCUCGCCAGCUUACCCUUCGGGAAGGAUGCUAGGCCACCCUGGGAUGUGGUGAAGCAGCUCCAGGAGUAUUCCUCGAAGAGGCACUUGGUUUCGGCGACUUGUGCGCUGCCAGCACAUGGGGAGCUAGUGCUGCAGAACCUGCCGGAAGUCAUGAGCCAGGCUUCCGCCCGGCCAUUGCUGGCAACGCGCCGUGAGAUGUUGGAGCAUCUCCUUGCUUCCAAGGCCUCUGGGAGUCAGAAGUCCAUGACGGCGCCUCUGGGGUCUCAGCGAGAGGACGCGGGCUUCGACCGCGUGGCCUACCGGCAUGUGCUGGGCGAGGUGGGACUUUUUCAGCGAAUGGCCUGCUCCAUGCAGGGAUUGACUUACAGCAGGCCCGAGGGCGAGCGGCCGGUGGUGGAGGGCUUCGCAGCACUGCGCUUCUUGGAUGCGCUCUUCGGCCGUGCAGGCGCCAGCACUGGGGGAUUGCUGGCCUUCCGCGGCUCCUUCUUCCUCAUCUAUGAGCUCUUCACGGGCACCUUGGAGGUGAAGCUCUUGCCCGAGGACAAGCCCAGCAUCCUGGCCUCGGCUCUUCUGCGGCUCGUGGAGAGCGGUAACAGCGCAAACAGCACCACGCAGAUGGAGAUGGCCGUGCUCCGGUCACUCGACUCCACGCCGGAGGUGCGUGCCGAGAUGCCGCUUUGGGGCUCCGCUGCGGCGAAGCGCGUCUGGCAGGUCGGCGCCCUUAUCAAGGUGGAUCACGACUCCUCCUCGCGCUUGCUCAAGAACGCCGUGAAGCACCUGAGGCAAUGCCAGCAGUACUUGCAGCCAGUGAAGAAGUUCCCUGAGUUUCAGAAGGUCGAUGGCAAGCUUGUCAUCGAUCCAGAGGACCUGAACCACCGCAGGCAAUGGGCACCCCCCUUGACAGAGGACGUGAAUUGCACGAGCCGGGCCUUUGAGACCAAAGCCGCAGGCAUGUUAUGCCUGGGAGCAUGUCCACUUGCCAAGCUCGUCAGUGACUGUUUCGGCCGGGAUCCUUUGCAGUCCCGGACCGGCAACGGCGUCGGGGGGGGCAACGAUGAUGUCCAUGAGAAGAGGGACGCGAACGGCCAACUCUUGAAGCUGUGGCUGCAGAAGCUCUGUGGCCCUCAUGCGGACCCGAACUUCCGCUUUGCAUCUUUGCCACCCGCACAGAGGACAUUGAGCCGCCUGCUUGACGAGUUGAGCCUCUUCCUGUCGGGCUCGGUGUCGGGCGAAACCUUGCAAGAGGUGGUGCAGCCUGCUCGCCUGGCGAAGUUAGUGGAUGCCCUUCGUGGCCAAUGCCAGGAAGACAUGCGCGAAGCCACAGCCCUGAUAACAGAGGUCGUAGAGGCAGCGAACUGCGGAAAUGCCAAAGACUGGCUGCUGCGGCGCUGUGGCACAGCAGUGCAUGUGAGCUUCAGCAGUUUGGUCGCAGCUCUGAUGGCCUCUGAGCCUGGCUGCAGCGACGCCCUCUACAGAGCAAACCAGGAACUGCAGGAGGAGAAGCUGAGUAGCCUCUUCGAGAAGGUCGCACAAGCCUUGGCGUUGAUCGUAAGAGUUGGUCAAGUCACCCGGGCUAUGGAAAAGGCGCUGGAUCUUCAAAGUGCCAUCAGCAGGCGCAGCGAAGCUCUCAUCAUCUCCCUGAAAGCCCGGACCUUGAGCGAGGAGUUAGUCGCUAAACGGCACCACAGUCGAGCUAAGAGGGCAUCAAUGGUGCUCUUCGACCCUCGUCUAUUGGUCUUCGAGUUCCUCUUCGACAUCAUGUUAAGAGAGACCCAGGUGAGAAUCCUAGGAGCCUUCCUCUACAGCGCCAAGGUUGGUCGCUCGAUGACGCAUCAAAUGAUCAUGGGAGACGGAAAGACGACGGUCAUCGCACCCCUCUUGGCCCUCAUCUUGGCGGACGGCAAGUCCCUCGUCUGCUCUUGCAUGCCGGCUGCUUUGGCGGAGAUGACUCGCUCGGUGCUAACCCGAUGCUUCUCCUCUCCGGUGGCUCCUCGCGCGGUGAUCUCCUUCAAGUUCGGCCGAGCCUCCCACGCCGACCGGGCGCUCUUCGACAAGCUGGAGGCUGCCAGGCACGGGAAGGCAGUCGUGGUAGCGGAGCCGACCUCCUUGAAGAGCUUGGUGCUGGGUCUCCUUCAAUCGCUGAGCCAACUGGAGGAACUUGCCUCGGGCUCUUCGAAGCGCUGGUGGAAGACAGACGCACACAACCAGAGGACACAUCUACUGGAAGCGGAAGCCCACGCGUGCUCACAGGUCCUGCGAAUGUUCCAUCGAAGCGUGCUGCUUCUCGAUGAGGUUGACCUGCUGCUGGAUCCGUUGAAGAGCGAGCUGAACUGGCCUAUGGGCACCAAGCGGGCCAUUGACCUCGUGGAUUCUGUAAAGAAUCCGAACUCCGCAUCCGCACGCUUCGAUCACGACAACUGCCUCCGUGGAAAGCUGCCUUUCCACCUUUUGGAUGCGCUUUUUGUGGCCAGCGCCCUCGCAGAGGUUCCGGACUCGGAGCCCACCGCGGAGCAGGUGGGAAAGCGUAUGGCUGUCCCAUUCGCCGACCGCCAAGAGGCAGCCACCUCGCUCCUGGAACUGGCUGCAGAACUCAAGGUCGGCUGCGAGGCCAGGCAUGUGCGCCUCUGCCCACACCUGGUGCUGCAUUCCCAGAGUUUCUACGAGUCCCACCUCUUACCACACCUUUCAAGCUGGACGGCGCUCUUCUUGGAGUCUCAUUGCAAUGCUGCUCUCGGGCUUACCCCGCAAGAGCUGCGGCGCGUGCUGCGGCAACCCCGAGAUAUGGAUGCCAUUGUGGCCCAGCAGCUGAGAAGGGAGAACGGCCCGGCCGUGCAACUCUUCAACCUUGCGGUCCGUUGGCUGCACUCCUUCCUGCCAUUCUUGCUGAAGAAGGUGCACCGCGUUUCGUACGGCCUCCUCUCCACGGAGCAGCUGGCAGCUGAGAGUGGACCUCGUUCGCGACAGCUGCUCUCAGUCCCUUUCGUCGGGAAGGAUCAGCCCAGUGAGCAAGCUGAGUUCUCUCACCCCGAUGUGGCUAUCGGCUUCAGCAUUCUGGCCUACAGGCUCCAAGGCCUUCGAAGCGGUGACCUCCAUGCGCUGAUGCAAGCCCUCCAGGCAGACAUGAAGCUCCAAAGCGGAAUUGCCUACCACAGGCGGUUGGCCAAUCGUACCUUUGUGAAGCUCGUCGUCAAGGCUGGCGGCCGUGUGCGGGGCUUCUCUGCAGAGGGCAAGUGGCUGGGGGACAGGAAAGGCUCCUUGGAGGUCGCAGAGGUGCUGGAGAUGGAGACCAUCCUACCGCUGGAAGCUGUGGACUUGAACGACGCGGAGCAACUGACCCAGCUCUGGAGCCUCCUCCGUGCGGAGCCUUGCGCGGUGGAGCAAUUCCUUCUCUCGGUGCUGCAGCCGGGAAUGGGCACCGUGGAUGUCUCAGACCACCAGCUGACUGCAGCCGGCCAGGACCUGGCUGGCGAGCAGCUCUUCGGACUCUGCCUGGGCUUCAGCGGGACCCCCAACGAUCUUCUUCCGAGUCGUUUGGGCCGAUGCUGCUAUGCUCAAGGCGUGGAUGGGCGCAUCCUCGGAACCCUGGCCAACACGGACGUCGUCAAUGUGGUUGAGAUAGACGCUGACUGGACACCCCGAAUGCUCUUGGAGCUUGCUGCUGGCGUCAAUGGUCCAUGCUUCAACGCCUUCAUCGACGUGGGAGCAGCUUGGAUUCCCUCGGCUCGGUUCAGUGGCAUGUGGAGGGAUGCAAAUGUCUUGGCCAUGUCGCUAUGCUGA